GGAAGGAAUGAGGUGGCGGUAAGGUAACUGGGUGCCAUAUUGGGUUGGCAAACAACUGCUCUUCCCAAGAAACGGUUCAGAGGACUCCUGGUGCGACUGGUGACCUAAAACUUCCCUUUGCCCUGAGCGAUCGGUGGUUGUAGUGAUUGCACCCACCCUGUGCUUGCAUCUCCCCUUCGCUGCCGUCAACUCCCUUCCCUCCCUCCUACUUUCCAUUACCCUACCUUCGCCAAAGUGACGUUUACUUAUCAACCACCGACGACGCAGGCAAUAAACAUCGGUCGAAAACACACGCGACGUCACGCCGCUUAGCUGCUGGGGUGAAGAAAUUAAAUCAAGUAGGCCCUGCCCGCUUAGCUACAGGCGCACCACCAGUUGCAUAAUCGCGGAAACCAUCGACAGCUGUGAACCGGACCGGUACAAUCUUCUUCCUCUCUCUCUCUGUUGGCAAGCAAACGAAUACGAUGCUGCGUACAAUUGCGGUACGCGCUGCCGGUCUGACCCGAUCGGCGCACCUGGUUCCAAGCGUUUGCCGUGCGAUGUCUACCGAUAGCAGCAGCAGCAGUUUGGUGCUGACGGACGAGGUUGGCAGCAAGGGCGUGAUAACGCUAAACCGUCCGAAAGCCCUGAACGCCAUCAAUCUGGAGAUGGUCCAGCUCAUCUACGGUGCCAUGAAACGGUGGGAAAAUACCAAGAGUCUCGUCAUCGUGAAAUCGGUCGGCGAGAAAGCUUUUUGUGCCGGUGGCGAUGUACGUGCCAUCACGGAAACGAGCAACGUGGAGCUGGCUCGGAAGUUUUUCAGCACCGAGUACGGCUUGAAUGCACUGAUCGGAUCGUACCGGCCGACGUACAUUGCGUUCAUCGAUGGCAUUACGAUGGGCGGUGGGGUGGGGCUGUCCGUGCACGGCAAGUAUCGUAUCGCAACCGAGCGUACCAUGUUUGCGAUGCCCGAAACAGCGAUCGGACUGUUCCCGGACGUUGGUGGUGGUUAUUUCUUGCCACGGCUGGAAGGACGGUUGGGGCUGUACCUGGGCCUGACCGGGUACCGCCUGAAGGGACGUGACGUACACAAGGCCGGUGUGGCAACGCACUACGUGGAAAGCAAAAAUUUGCCAGCCCUGGAACAGCAGCUGCUGGCCACAACGAGCGCUACCGAGGUGGAAAGUGUGCUGGACCGGUUCUCGGAAAGCAAGGACGCGGGCGUUGAAUUUGUGCUGGCCAAACAUCUACGCCAGAUCGACGAAUGUUUCGGUGCACCGACGGUUGAGGGUAUUUUCAAGAGGCUGGAAACGGAUGGAAGCGAAUGGGCUCAAAGUACGCUCAGCACGCUGCACAAGAUGUCCCCGACGUCGAUGGUCGUGACGCAGAAGCAGCUCGAGCUGGGCGCCAAAAUGGACCUGAAGACGUGCCUGAAGAUGGAGUACCGGUUGGCGGUGCAUCAUGCGAUUGAUAGCGAUUUUAAGGAGGGCGUUCGUGCGAUGUUGGUUGACCGUGACCAGAAGCCACGCUGGAAGCCGGCCACACUGGCCGAGGUUGAUCCGGUGCGGAUCGAAAAGUACUUUGGCCCGUUGCCGGAUGGUAGCGAGCUGCAGUUUGAAGAUGAUGGACCGAAAGCUUCUUUGUAGAGAGAGAGAGUGAGAGAGAGUGGGCAGGAUACAGGGCGCCGGAACUCGUAAAAAGUGCAUUUACUAGCAAGUAAGACGAAAGCGAACAGCAAAGCUGUGUCUCUUUUAAACCUAUUUCCACGCGAAACCCGAAAGACAAGUGAAUAAAGGAGGAAAUCCCGGAUUUUCUAAACAAUA